GUCGGCUCGGGCAGCCUGGCCGCUGCGACCCUCGGCGGCCACUGCGGGACGGGGAAGAGGAGGAGGAGGAGGAAGAGGCGGAGGCAGCGCGGCGGCGAGGAGGAGGGGGUUCGCUCGCCUGCUCCGACGCAGACAUGGUGGAUUGACUCCCGGCGGGGCCGAGAGCAGGGCUUCCGGAGGCGCCCCCCGCGCGUGGCCCCGCCGCGCCCAGAAGCCCCUCGCCGGCGUCCGCGUCGGGGCGGCGGCCGAGCCGGGCUCACGUUCCCGCCGCGUCCGGCGCCCGGUGCCUAUGGAGGCGCAGCUCGCCGGCGAGGCCGCCGACCAUGCCUAGGAGGGCCGGGAGCGGGCAGCUGCCGCUACCCCGGGGCUGGGAGGAGGCCAGAGACUACGACGGCAAGGUCUUCUACAUUGACCACAACACCCGCAGGACCAGCUGGAUCGACCCGCGGGACAGGUUAACAAAACCCCUGUCCUUUGCUGACUGUGUUGGGGAUGAGCUGCCAUGGGGAUGGGAAGCGGGCUUUGACCCUCAAAUUGGUGUCUACUACAUCGAUCACAUCAACAAAACUACGCAGAUAGAAGACCCAAGAAAACAAUGGCGAGGGGAACAGGAGAAAAUGCUCAAGGACUAUCUCUCCGUGGCUCAGGAUGCACUCAGGACCCAGAAGGAGCUAUACCAUGUGAAGGAGCAAAGACUGGCCUUGGCCCUAGAUGAAUAUGAACGAUUAAAUGAUGCUUAUAAGGAAAAGUCAAGUUCUCGUACAAGCCUAUUCUCAGGAUCUUCAUCCAGUACUAAGUAUGAUCCUGAUAUCUUAAAAGCUGAGAUCUCUACUACACGAUUAAGGGUUAAAAAGCUAAAGAGAGAACUUUCACAGAUGAAGCAAGAACUGCUCUAUAAAGAACAAGGCUUUGAAACAUUGCAACAAAUUGAUAAAAAAAUGUCUGGAGGCCAGAGUGGGUACGAACUUAGUCAAGCCAAAGCCAUUCUAACUGAAUUGAAAUCUAUCAGAAAGGCAAUUAGCUCAGGAGAAAAAGAAAAACAAGAUCUGAUGCAGAGUCUUGCUAAACUGCAGGAGCGGUUUCAUUUGGACCAGAACAUGGGCAAAUCUGAGCCAGAUUUGAGAUCCAGUCCUGUGAAUUCUCAUUUAUCUCUUUCCAGACAGACUCUUGAUGCUGGGUCACAAACAAGCAUUUCUGGAGAUAUUGGCGUAAGAAGUCGAUCAAAUUUAGCUGAAAAAGUCAGGCUAAGCCUACAGUAUGAAGAAGCCAAAAGAAGUAUGGCCAACUUAAAAAUUGAGCUGUCAAAGCUUGACAGUGAGGCCUGGCCUGGAGCACUGGAUAUUGAAAAGGAGAAGCUGAUGCUGAUUAGUGAAAAAGAAGAGUUUCUGAAAGAGCUGCAGUUUGUCACGCCACAAAAACGCACACAAGAUGAACUGGAACACCUGGAAGCUGAAAGGCAGCGGCUAGAGGAAGAGCUGCUGUCUGUGCGAGGCACGCCUAGCCAGGCUCUGGCCCAGAGAUUGAAAUUGGAAGAGAGAAGAAAAGACCUGCUACAGAAACUUGAAGAAACUACUAAAUUAGCUACUUACUUGCAUUCACAACUUAAAAGCCUCUCCGCCAGCACGCUGUCCAUGUCAUCAGGGAGCAGCCUGGGUUCCCUGGCAUCUAGUCGGGGCUCUCUGAACACCUCCAGCAGAGGGUCACUCAACUCCCUCAGUUCCAGUGAGCUCUACUACAGCAGUCAGGGUGAUCAGAUAGACAUGGAUUAUCAGUAUAAACUGGACUUCCUUCUGCAGGAGAAGGGCGGUUAUGUUCCUGCAGGACCUAUCACCACCAUCCAUGAAAAUGAGGUGGUUAAGUCUCCCAGCCAGCUGGGUCAGAGUGGACUCUGUGGAGCACCAGUGGCAGCAACUGGCCACACACCCACCUUGAUAGAGGCCCCCAAGUCUGUGACGUCCCUGUCCUCGAGAUCUUCCCUUUCUUCCUUGUCCCCCCCUAGCUCUCCUUUGGUCUUGGAAGCUACAUUUCCUAUGUCUUCUCAUGAGGCCUCUCUCCAUCAGUUCACUACUGACUUUGAAGACUGCGAAUUGAGUAGCCAUUUUGCAGAUAUCAGCCUUGGUGAAAAUCAGAUACUGCUGGAUUCAGAUUCAAGAGGAAUGUCUCAGUCUCUUGUAGAGGAUAAAGACCAUAACAGCUGCUCAAGGGACCCAUUAUUUGAAGGAACUAGAGAUGUGGAAAGAUCAUUACCAAAAAGAAGAGCAAUCCAUUUGCCUGGGGAGAAAACUGCUUGUGUAUCUGCUGCUGUCUCUGAUGAGUCAGUGGCUGGAGACAGUGGGGUCUAUGAAGCCUCCGUGAAACGGCCUAAUGAAAUGGAAGAUGCUCCGUACAGUGAAGAGGAUGCAGCCAUAGUGGAGACUGCCCAGGUGCAGAUAGGACUCAGAUAUGAUGCAAAAAGUUUGAGUUUCAUGGUGAUUAUAGUACAGCUCCGAAGUCUGCAUGCCUUCUUGAUACCUCAUACUUCAAAAGUGUAUUUUAGGGUUGCUGUUCUUCCUUCCUCAACUGAUGUCAGCUGUUUAUUUCGAACAAAAGUCCAUCCACCCACAGAAUCUGUGCUGUUCAAUGAUGUGUUCAGAAUGGCCAUUUCCCAAGCAGCCUUGCAGCAAAAGACACUGAGAGUUGAUCUUUGCUCUGUCAGUAAACACCGCAGGGAAGAAUGCCUGGCUGGAACUCAGAUCAGCCUGGCAGAUUUACCAUUUUCCAAUGAGAUUUUUGCUCUGUGGUAUAAUUUACUCCCUUCUAAGCAAAUGCCCUGCAAAAAGAAUGAAGAAGAAAGUGAGGACUCUGCAUUUCAAUCCGACCAGCCAUUAGUAGAUUCUGUAGAUUUGGAUGCAGUGUCAGCCCUGCUUGCAAGAACAUCAGCUGAGCUGUUAACUGUGGAACAAGAGUUAGCACAAGAGGAGGAGCCGGGGCCAGAAGAAGAGCAUCAGUGUCUGGAAGGAGACUGGUUAACAAUGCUGAGAGAGGCCUCUGAUGAAAUUGUGGCUGAAAAGGGGGCUGAAGUUAAGUUGGCCGAAGACAGUAGCUGUACAGAGGAUUUAAAUGGGUGCACUGACUUGCCUGAGACGAAUGAAGACAGGUGUAGGAAAGAAGAUGAGUGCGCCAGGAACCGUCCAAGAGAGUUACCGACUGGAGUACCUGCCCUGGUUGACAAAGAGACAAAUACUGAUGAAACAGUUAGUGACAGUAUGGCAGUUCGCCCCAAAGAUCGCAGCAGCCUGAGCUCUCGACAACAUCCGUUCGUGAGGAGCAGUGUGAUAGUACGCUCCCAAACAUUUUCUCCAGGAGAGCGGAGCCAGUACAUCUGCAGGUUAAAUCGGAGUGACAGUGACAGUUCAACGUUGGCUAAAAAAUCACUCUUUGUGAGAAACUCCACUGAACGGCGCAGUUUGCGAGUCAAAAGGCAGACAGUCUGCCAGCCAGUCCUCAGAAGAACAGCCCAGGAAUGUCCAGUACGCACAUCUCUAGACCUGGAACUGGACCUUCAGGCCUCUCUAACCCACCAGAGCCGCCUCAACGAUGAGCUGCAGGCCCUGAGGGACUUGAGGCAAAAGCUGGAGGAGCUGAAAACUCAGGGAGAGACUGACCUUCCCCUGGGUGUGCUAGAGGAUGAGAGAUUCCAGAAGCUGCUGAAACAAGCGGAGAAGCAGGCUGAGCAGUCAAAAGAAGAGCAGAAGCAAGGGUUGAAUGCCGAGAAGUUGAUGAGGCAGGUCUCCAAGGACGUGUGCCGGCUUCGGGAGCAGAGCCGGAAGGUGCCACAGCAGGUGCAGUCCUUCAGGGAGAAGAUUGCCUACUUCACCCGAGCGAAGAUCAGCAUCCCUUCCCUGCCAGCUGAUGACGUGUGACCCAUGGCAGGGCACAUUGCUUCUCACCUGUUCACAUUCUUAGGGAGGGCAGAAGACUGAACAUUUGCUUUGUUUUUGUUUUGUUUUGUUUUUUUGUAACAUAACUGUCAGCUCUUAUUCAUACCAGAUUUUCAACCAGAUGUCAAUUUGUAAAUUACCUUUUGUGUAAUGUCCUAUAUGUUUAAAGAAGAAAAAUCAGAUAUCAAACUGGGCUAGGCUGGUGCACAGAUGUCACACGUGUGCUGCAGUGAGCCUUACUGCACACAGCGUGGCAGAAGCAGUGUCAGUGCUUGUGCAUGGAGCUGGGCUCAGCAGCCCGGCUCAGCAGAAGGCAAUCUUGACUUUCUCUUUGUUUCCUGUGAGCAAACUAUGAAGGGCUUCAUGCCGUGCAGCCUUUUUGAAGGAAGGUGAGUUCACAACUCCAUGGCCAGCCAGAAUGGGUGCUCCGUUCAGCCCUGUUACCUUUGUUGAAACACAUGUUUUCUUAAAAUAGUUAUUUAGAGAAAACAAAAAUAAAAGAUACUGAGUACAGCAGUAUAAGAACAUAAAGGUGCAGUGCCUUGGUUGUACUGAAGAGCUUAUAAGCCACAGCACUGAGGGUGAGAACAGAGAGCGAAGAACACAUUUAUCUAAAGCACACUCAAGAAGCAUCAACUGAGCAGCUGCUGCUUCUAACCUGACCCGCACUGGCAAGGUUUUCGUGGGAGUUUCUGGCCUUCACCAGUUUCCUCCUGGGUGUGAGGGUGGUGCCAAGGCAAGGCCCGUGUGGCCCCCAGCUCUGAGAACAGACAGUGCUGGUGAUGCAGAGGGAAACGUCCGCACGCACGUGGUGACGCCAAGAGCAGCAGAGAGGCUGCAUCGUACGUGAAUCACAGAUGCCAAAAGGAAAAGAAAAAAGCUUGUCCAACACACAUCUGACAUCUAGAAAUUACCUUGCAGCUCUCAGUUUAAGGGGCUUCUAUCUAUAAUUGAUGUUAAGUCAUUGGGAGGCAAAGGAAAGAGUAUGGGAGUAUUACCAAUUUGAAGUGAUAAUAGGCUAAAUCAUUUAUUUAAAAAGAAAGAAAGAAAAAGACUAUCUUGGAUGAGUGAGUUCAAAGAUACAAGCUGAUAAAAGUAUCCAGUCCCCCAGUUUAAAAUUUUAGCUCAUGUAGUGUGGGCCCCUCCUCAGUAUAGCUUUGCCAGUAUAAAUAGAGUUUUUAAAACACUUAAAAUUUAGGCUAUUUAAGCCAUACUUAUUACUCAGUAUGGUGUAGUGGAAAGUGCAGUUUUGGGUUAGCCAUCUUACAUAGCAAAAUAAGUCAGUUCCUUUAGAAAUAAAACCAUUAUCUU